AUGUUUGACGUUAAAGAUGCCUUAUAUAAACUCGGGAGAUCCCUGACAGCCACUGAGGAUUCACUUCCCUCAACCAGUACAGAUUCGCAAACUUCUAUUAAAAAUAGUAAUAAACUUUCCCAUACAAAGACAGAAUCUGAUAUUUUCUCCAAAAAUAAGUGGGAAAAUGAUGACCGUGAUGAUCUCGAUAUGUUACCUGAAGUAAAUCUUGUUGGAUACCUCCCUAGUACGAAAAAUAAACUCCUGACUGAAGGAAUGUGUGAUGAAAUACGAAUGUUAAUGCCUGCAAGAAUACAAUUAUACAAUGAAUGGACAUUGCUAUAUAGUUUAGAACAACAUGGUGCCUCUUUACAUUCAUUGUAUUCCAAUGUAACACCAGAUGAUGAUAUUAAUAAAAGAAUAGGGUAUGUUAUUAUUAUUAAGGAUCGUCAGAAUGGUAUCUUUGGUGGUUAUUCAAAUGAACCAUGGUUACCGCAUGAACAUAAACGAUAUUAUGGUAAUGGUGAAUGCUUUCUUUGGAAAUUAGAAAAAGUUCCUGAUUUAGUAAUUAAAAAUAAUAAGGAGACGAAUAAAGUUGAUAAACUUGAAACUGAAAACAAUAAAAAAUGGAAAUUUAUUGGGUAUCCAUAUACUGGUGUUAAUGAAUUCGCCGUAUAUUGUACAUCUGAAUUUUUAUCAAUGGGAGCUGGAAAUGGACGUUAUGGUUUAUGGUGUGAUGGAAGCCUAUUACGUGGUGUAUCAUAUUCUUGUGAUACAUAUGGAAAUGAACCAUUGAGUAAAGAAGGUGAAAAGUUCCACAUAAUGGGAUUGGAGAUUUGGAGAGUAGGUUAA